GUCGCACAGUUUUUUGGACAGCCGCUCAGCUGAUCGUGACGCACCGCAUUCGCAGCAGAAGGCGAAGGACAGACACAUAUAGAAGUUGGGUGUCGGUUUAACGCUGCAGUAAUGAAGCCCCGUGUGCCAACGGUAAACGGGUGAUUCUGACGGUGUUCCGUACUCACGCGUACGUUAAAAGAGCGUCAGUUCCUGUGAUCCGCGUCUUGGGAGUCGGGACGGACUAGCGCUUCACCGAAAUAAUAUCUCAGCCCUGUUUACAGAAGCACGGCUCCUCCUGGCUGGAUAUACUUCUAAAAAAGGUGGACUAAGCUGAAGGCCGCAAUGGUGGAUUACUAUGAUGUUCUGGGAGUGUCACGAAAUGCUUCUCCAGAUGACAUCAAGAAAGCUUACAGGAAACUGGCUCUGCGGUGGCACCCUGACAAAAACCCAGACAACAAGGAAGAGGCAGAGAAAAAAUUUAAGGAGAUAGCAGAGGCCUACGAAGUUCUUUCAGACAAAAGCAAACGAGAUGCUUUUGACAGAUACGGCAGAUCGGACAUGCCAAGUUCAGGCUCUGGCAGUUCUUCAUUUCCUGAUGACUUCCCAGGAUUCACCUUCACAUUCCGCAGCCCAGAUGAGGUGUUUCGAGAGUUCUUCGGAGGGCAGGACCCAUUCGCAGACUUUUUUGAUGAUUUCCCAUUUGGUGGAAUGCACAGUGGGUUUCACAGCUCCUCCUCCAGGCUUGGGCCCGGUCGCUUCUUCUCCUUCCCCUCAGCAAAUGCUGACUUCACCUCCUUCUCUUCUUCGAUGGGUGGGAUGGGCAGCAUGGGCAGCAUGGGAGGAGCAAAUUUCAAGUCUGUUUCUACUUCCACCCGCAUUGUCAAUGGAAAACGUAUUACCACAAAAAAGGUCAGAGAAAAUGGUCAGGAGAGAACAGAGGUUGAGGAGGAUGGGGUUUUGAAAUCUGUCCUCAUCAAUGGUGUGGAGGAUGAGAUGGCCUUAGCUCUGGAACUGAGUCGCAGAGAGCAGUCCAGUCAGCCUCCCAGACAAUCCCAACGUCCACUGCUCCGCCCCUCCGACGACAGCUCCCCAAACCCCGCUUUACGCUCCUACAGCGCCGCCCCGUUUUACAACUGUCCCGAUGCCAGUGAAGAGGAGGACGAAGACCUGCAGAUGGCGCUGGCCUACAGCUUGUCGGAGAUGGAGGCCCAGCAGCGGGCAGAGGACAUGAUCUCAGGUGCUGGGGAAGGGAGGGGAAAGCAACCAGGUGGUGUUAAGGGUGCUGUUCAAAAAACCGAGUAUCAGAGAGAAGUGCUGGAUAAUUCAGAACAAAGCACCCCCUUGUCUCCAGAGGAUAGACUGACAGAACAGAGUCAGGCUAGAGAGUUAGAAAGUGUUGUUGUACAGGAUAAGGAGAAUGACAAAAUGGCAGCCAAUGGGACUAAAGUGGUAAAAAAGAGGAGGAAGUGUCAGUGCGUGGUUUGUUAGUAAAAAUGUGGAAAAUAAUCAUGCUUGUGUGUUGAGUUAGCAGAAUUAACCUUAUGUUUUCACCCUAUGGUUGUGUUUUUAUAUCCUUCCGGAGGUUUUUGCCUGUGCUUUGACUUACAGCUCUGUCUCGUAUGGCAUUGCACAACGAUGACUGUUGAAAUUGUAUUUUCUCGCAUUGAGGUAUGAGUAACAGGUGCCAAAAUGUGUUUAGGAAACUUUACAGGAAAUUUUGAAGGAACUGUUCGCAAUAUUUUAAAAUGCCACGCACAAAAUGUCCUAUCUGACAGAUAUCACUGAAAUAGGUGUCUUGGGAUAUCAUUUGCCAGCCUUCACUCUCUAAACAGUGUAGUCGUUUUUUUUUUAACCGAUAGGAAACACUGUCUGCCUGUGAAUCACUUGGGAUUGCUGGCAUCAGGUUGAUUGACAUAAUCCGUUUUUGGGAUUUGGGAGAGCAGCUAUAUGGUUAGCAAAAGUUAGCAAAAUGUUGAAAGUUGACAUAAUGGCUGAAAUGUCUUGCAGCACCUUUAAAUCCAAUGUUUAACAUGACUUUUUGCUGCCAAACCAAGAUAAAUGCUUGGCAUUUUCACUCAGAUAAAAUACAUUUCUACUGAGUGAGUUGCUGCACUUUAAACCAAUGGUUCUCACAGUCUUGGAAAACGUGGAUACUGUUGAAGUCAAAAGUUUACAUACACCUUGCAGAAUCUACAAAAUGUUAAUUCUUUUACCAAAAUAAGAGGGAUCAUACAAAAUGCAUGUUAUUUUUUAUUAAGUACCGACCUGAAUAAGAUACUUCACAUAAAAGAUGUUUACAGUCCACAAGAGAAAAUAAUAGUUGAAUAUAUACAAAUUACCUCGUUCAAAAGUUUACAUACACUUGAUUCUUGAUACUGUGUUGUUACCUGAAUGCUUUUUUUAUUUGUUUGUUUAGUGAUAGUUGUUCACGAGUCCCUUGUUUGUCCUGAACUGCCCGCUGUUCUUCAGAAAAAUCCUUCCGGUCCCACAAAUUCUUUGGUUUUUCAGCAUUUUUGUGUAAUUGAACCCUUUCCAACAAUCACUGUAUGAUUUUGAGAUCCAUCUUUUCACAUUGAGGACAACUGAGGGACUCAUAUACAGAUAUUAUGGAAGGUUCAAACGCUCACUGAUGCUCCAGAAGGAAAACGAUGCAUUAAGAGCUGGGGGUGAAAACUUUUGAACAGAAUGAAAAUGUGUACAUUUUUCUUAUUUUGCAUAAAUACCAUAUUUUUUCAUUUGAUACUGCCUUUCAGAAGCUACAGUAAAUACUUACAUGUUUCCCGGAAGACAAAAUAAGUUAAAUUUACCCUGAUUUCCAUAUUCAAAAAGUUUUCACCCCCCAGCUCGUAAUGCAUUGUGUUUCCUUAUGAAGCAUCAAUGAAUAUUUGAACCAUCACUAAGAAAAAAAAAAAAAAACAGGUGUGGAUCAUUCAGGUAACAAUAUAAUAUUAAGAAUCAAGGGAAUGUAAACGUUUAAACGGUAAUUUUUAUAAAUUUAACUAUUAUUUUCUCUUAUGGACUAUAUGUGAAAAUCUUUUAUGUGAAAUAUCUUAUUCAGGUCAGUACUAAAUAAAAAAUAACCCUGAUAGCACGCGUACAUCUCGGAGACAUCUACUUGAUAUCUGCAUUUGCAUCUGCACAUCUGCAAGACAUAUUUUUACAUAGUUUGCUCAUCUGCAAUACGUCUAUUGGACAUUUCCUAUCCGAUGUUAAAGUACACGUCUAUUAGAUGUCUUUAAGAUCUUUAUGAUUUAGAAUGGAUGUAAAACUGACAUCUUACAGACAUCUGCCAGACGUUUGUACACAGCAAAUGCUUUCCAGAUCAAGAGGUCUUUAACAGACAUCUUGCAGACAUUUUUUGUAUGAUCCCUGUUAUUUUGGUAAAACAAUGAACAUUUUGCAGAUUCUGCAAGGUGUAUGUAAACUUUUGACCUCAACUGUAUAUGAGGUAGCCUAAUUUUAAAAGUGAUUUUUACAUUUGGACAAGCAAUGUGAAUUAAAAAAGUCAUACAACUCCUUGGGAUUAUUAAAACCAUUAUCCAGUAAAUUCUGAAAAACUGUAAAAGUCAUGGGACCUUUGAAUAUUGUUAUGGACGAUGGGUGGUCCUGGAGUCAAAAAGAUUGAGAACCACUGCUCUAAACAUGAUUUUAAUGGCUUUUCUCAGUGUUGCAUAGCAUCUGAAUGGAUAUCUUGCUGAUUAGCUGGCAUCCCGUUCCCAGUGAACCUUCCAUUUGUUCUUUCAGCAGUGAAGUACUUUGUUUCAUCCGUGUUGACGUUUAUUGGUAAUGUUCAUUUUAGAAGGGAGAUUCUCUGAUUCGAUGUGUACUGAUUUUUACUGUGCAUUUGUAAUUCCUUCAGAGGUACUUGUUGAAUGUGAAACUGUUUUUGGGGGGGAAUUUUGCACAAAAACCUAAAGAUAAUCUGCCUCUGAGGGCUAAUGUUGUGAUUAGCAAUGACUAAUGGCUA